CCGGGCCGCCUCGGUUCGGCUCCGAGCUCAACCGCUGCCACCUAGCUCGAGGCUUGCCUCCCCAGCCAGGAAUCCUUAAAGGCUUACCAUAUUUUGCUGUAUAAUCGUCGCCACUCCAUAAUCGUCGCACCCUGUUUUUUUCAGUCCAAAAAUUGGUAUAUAACCUUUCAUCGCCUAAUCAUCGCAUGGUAUAAUUCUGUUCUCCAUGCUGCUUAAAAGGUAACCAGAGUAGCAGUGCAUUCACCAGUGGCAUGUGGACAUGCCUUUAUCUCUGGAGCACUGUGAGCCGGGAGCCUAGAAGUCUCAGCCCAGGUGCGUUGUCAGUGUAUUUCUGAAAGCCGACUUGCACGGGGCGUUUAGAAUACUUCGGUACUAGCAGUGUUCUCACUCAACCCAAAGAAGAGCCGGCGGUUCGAGGGGAGCGGGUGCAGCUGCCGUGAAUAAGUCUCGUGCUUUGGGAAGACUUGCUUCUUCCUGUGCUAGCUAAACCGUACAGUUCGUCUACUAGCGGUACGUUGACGUCCGAAGCAUUUCUUUCUGACUAUGGGUAAAUAUAGAAAUUAUUCUGCGGGCUUCAAGCUGAAAGUGAUUGUGUUUGCUGAACAGCAUGGAAACAGAGCUGCAGAAAGACAGUUUUCAGUGAGCGAAAAGUUGGUGCGAGACUGGCGGAAACAAAAAGACAAGCUAGAAAACACAAACCUUUCUAGACGGGCUUUUCGAGGGCCUAAAACGGGCAAGUUUCCUCAGAUCGACGAAGAAGUGUUUGUGUAUGUCAACGAAAUGCGUAACAGUGGCUACAGAAUAUCGUAUGAGAUGUUGCAAAUGAAGGCCCGGGAGGUCGCGCGUAAACACAACAUUCUUACCACUCAGUUUAAGGAGAGCCGUGGCUGGGUCAUGAGGUUCCUGCGACGACGCAAUCUGUCUGUUCGAAGGAGAACCGCGCUGUGCCGAAAGUUGCCGCCUGAUUACACUGACCAGCUGUGCCUCCUGAGAACGCUGCUCUUCCCUGGGAAGAAAUUCCUCAAAGAAGAGAGAAUGGCCCCUGUGCUCCUGACUUCUCAGGCCUGCCAGGAGUCAGUGACAUUCAGGGAUGUGGCUGUGGACUUCACCCAGGAGGAGUGGGGGUACCUGGAACCUCCUCAGAAGGAGAUGUACCGGGAGGUCAUGCUGGAGAACUACUGGAACCUGGUCUGGCUGGGACUUGCAGUUUCCAAACCAGAGGUGAUCGACCGGCUGGAGCGAGGAGAAGCACUGUGGAUGCCAGAGAGAGACGUCCCAGGGAACAGCCACCGUGUGGGUUGGGAAAGUAUGUUUGAAACCAAGGUAUCGAUUCUAAAACCAGAACAGUCAUCCCAGGAAAGACUCACAAGAGAUGGUCUUUGUGCUUCCAACUUGGAGGAAGCUUGGAAAUAUGACUCCUUGAUAGAAAAACAGCAGAGAAAUCAUAAGGAACUUCCUCAGCAAGUAAAAUUCACUCAAAAGAAACCUUCCCGUGGUAUCAGUGGUCCUAAAUAUAAUAAACGCGAUAGCAGUAUCAGUCUACAACCAGUCAUUUUGCCACAAGAGAAAAUAUCUGUUGAAACAGAUUUCUGUAAAUGUGAUACACACAGAGAGAACUUUAGACUGUAUACACAUUUGUUAAAAUGCAAUAAAAUGUACCCGAAGAAGAUAUUUUCUAUGUGUACCGAAUGUGGGAAAUCCUUCAGGUAUAAUUUAACCCCUGUUGAAAAUCAGAGAAUAUGUACUAAAGCAAAAGAGUAUAAAUGUAACGAAUGUGAGAAGGCCUUCUGCUGGAGAUCACAACUUAUUAAACAUCAAGCAAUUCAUACUGGAGAGAAGCCUUAUGUAUGUCAGGAAUGUGGGAAGGCCUUCCGGCAGAGCUCACAUCUUACUCAACAUAAGACAAUUCAUACUGGAGAGAAACCUUAUGAAUGUGAUGGGUGUGGGAAGACCUUUCGCCAGAGGAAGGGGCUUACUGAACAUCAGAAGAUUCAUACCGGAGAGAAACCAUAUGAAUGUAAUGAAUGUGGGAAGGCCUUUCGCCAGAGGAAGGGGCUUACUGAACACCAGAAGAUUCACACUGGAGAGAAACCCUAUGUAUGUAACGAAUGUGGGAAAGCUUUUAGUCAGAGGACAGAUUUUAUUCGACACCAGAGAAUUCACACUGGAGAGAAGCCUUACAAAUGCAAUCAGUGUGGAAAGGCUUUCUCCCAGAGGAAAGGACUUACUGAACAUAAUAAAAUUCACACUGGAGAGAAACCUUAUGACUGUAAUGAAUGUGGGAAAGCCUUUAGUCAGAAAACAGAUCUCGUUCGACACCAGAGAAUUCACACUGGAGAGAAGCCUUACAAAUGCAACGAAUGUGGUAAAGCCUUCUCCCAGAGGACGGGACUUACUGAUCAUCAGAACAUUCAUACUGGAGAGAAAGUUUAUAAGUGUAAUGAAUGUGGGAAGUGUUUCCGCCAGAACAGAGGACUUUCUGAACAUCGAAAAAUUCAUAGUGGAAGGAAAGUUUAUGAACAUAAUUAAUGUCAGAAGUCAAAGUUUACUCAACAUUAGGAAAUUCGCACUGGAGAGAACCCUUACGAAUGCAGAGGAUUUAUUUGAUACCAGAUAAUUCAUACCAGAGAAAAGCCAUAGAGAUGUCAUGGUGUGGGAUGGCCUUAUAUUGGAACAUACGGUUGGUCAACAUCAGAGACAUCUGGUCAACUUCUUUCCUUCCAGUCAAGCUGGGUUCUUUAUUCUCCCCCUACAUAACAUUCUAUCUCCCAUUUCCAUAAAUUUACACCGCUUGUAAUGCUUUUCCUCCUCACUUCUCUUGUAAUCCCUGCCUGCUUUCAAGGCUUGGUUCAAGUGCCAUCUUACACCAGAACCACUUCCCAAUUUCCCCAUUUAUUGGCCCCUACCCACCCCCAGAAAUUUGGUGUGUAUUUUGUCCAUAUUUUAGACUUAUUUUGCACAUACAUACUGUUUUCCUCCAGAAGCAGGAAGUGCCUACAAGGCAGGAAUCAUCUUGUUUUUGUCUGUAUCCUCAGGGCCUCGCAAGUGCUUGGAAGAUAUAAAGUGCUUAAUAAAUGCUUGAAUUGGAUUGAAUAUUUGAGAGAAGGCUUCCCUCCAGGGAAAACAGGAUCACAGAAUAUCUGAGUUCUUUGGGACCUCAUCAACCAUACACCAAUGGAAUCUAUUCUAACAUAGCCAACAAGUAGUCAUCCAAUUUCCACUUGACUGCCAAGGAGUGGGGACCCAUCCCCUCUCAUGACAGUUCAUCCCACUUAUGGACAGCUUUAAUUUUUAGCAAACUUUUUUUUUUCUGACAUCAGCCUAAAUUAGCUUCUUUGCCUCUUCCAUCUAUGACUCCUGGUCCUUUCUCUGAGGUCAAACAGAAAUCUGAUCUUCCCUUCACAUGAUAGCCCUUCAGAUACUUGAAGACCCCAGUCAUACCUCCCCCUUCUCCAGGCCAAACACCCACUUCCUUCAGCUGAUCUUCCUAGGACAUGAACUCUAGCCCUUUACCAUCCACGUUUCCCUCCUCUGGGCACUCUCCAGUUUAUCAGCAUCCUUCAUAAAACGUGGCGCUCUGAAAGCAGUACUCCAGAUGUGGUCCAAUGACGGCAGAGUGCAGUGGAGCUGUCACUUCUCCCAUUCCAGGAAGCUAGGCCUCUCUUAAAGCAGCCCGAAAUUGCAGUAGUUUUGGGGGCUGCCAUGUCACACUGCUGAUUCAUAGGAGUUUAUAAUUCGCUGAAACUCCCGAUAUUUUUUUCAUAACUGCCGUCUUGCUGUGUCUUCCCAUCUUAUACUUGUGAAGUGACUCUUUUUGUAUCCAAGUGCAAGAUUUUCCAUUGAUCCCUAUUGAAUUUCAUCUUAUUAGAUUUAGUCCAAUGUUCUAGCCUGCCAAGAUCCUUUUGAAUCCUGACUGUGUCAUCCACUGUAUUGUAUUAAUUGUCCCUCCCAAGUAACAGACCAUCUCUGCCUUUAUGCGAGUCAUUGAUAAGAAUGUUGACCAGCACAGAGCCAAACAGGGAUCCUUGAGGUACUCCAUUAGAGACCUCCCACCAUGUUCACAUUAAACCACUAACAGCCGCUCAAGUCCAGUCAUUCAACCAAUUCUUAACCCAUCUGAUGGUGUUAUUGUGUAAUAAAUAUCCCUCUAUAUUCUUCAUAAGAAUUUUACGGAAUAUUUUAUCAAAAACCUUGCCAAAAUCUAGGUAAACUGUAUCCACAACAUUCUCAUCUAUUAGUUUAUUCUGCCCCCUCCACCUAUCAGAAAUGAGGAUAGUUUGCCAUGAUGUAUUAUUUUUUUUUUUUUUUUUUUUGGCUAGGCGAUGUGGUUAAGUGACUUGCCC